AUGAUGAUAAAUGAGCUGGUGGAUUUGGACGAAGAAAGGUUACAUGCAUUAGAAGUAUUAAGAAGACAGAAGGAGAGGGUAGCAAGGGCAUACAAUAAGAGGGUCAAAGGUAAAACUUUUACUAUGAAUGAUUUAGUAUGGAAAGUCAUAUUGUCGAUGGAUCGAAAGAAUAAGGCAUUAGGAAAAUGGUCUCCACAUUGGGAAGGACCUUUUCGAAUUCUAAAAGCCUUUUCAAACAAUGCAUAUGAAAUAGAAGAACUAACAGAGGAUCGAAGGAUCCUAAAAGUAAAUGGAAAAUACUUAAAGAGGUAUAAACCAUUUAUGCACGAAGUUAGAAUCAUAGCAGCAUAG